CUCAACCUUUUCUUUUCGCACCAAACCACCGUCUCUGCCAUCGCCACAAACAACCAGCAUCAUGGCAGAGAUCCAAAUCGUCAAAAGUACCUUUCAGGAGCGGUUGUCGCAUUUCAUCGGAGCAUGGAAAGCUGACAAGCGCAGCGGCGACGCGCUGUUUAAUGGAGCUUCCUCCAUCUUGAUUCUUCUAGGCAAGGCCGAGGAGACAUCAAAUUUUCAGAAGAAUAAUUCCAUUCAUGUAUGUAUUCCAGAACCCUUUGCGACGACUGACGAUCAUGUUUGAGGAAUGCGACUGUUUGCUAAUGAUGGGAAUAGUUCUGGUUGCUUGGUUACGAAUUUCCCUCUACGCUCUUCCUAUUUACAGUUGACGGCCUCACCAUUGUUACGACCGCGAAAAAAGGUAUAUACUCCUUGCGCGAAUAUGAUAGGGUUACAGGGACUGGAAGAGGCUGACAAUGAAUAGCAAAACAUUUGGAACCACUGAAAGGCGGCAAGGUCCCCCUUGAGGUUCUAGUUCGUGGAAAGGAUCAGGAGGCAAACGCAAAAGUCUUCACCAAGGUUGCGAACAUAAUCAAAGCUGCAGGCGUAAGUCACACCAUACAACGGGAUCUGCGGAAACAAGGCUAAUGAUCUUGGGGGUAACAGAAGAAAGUCGGUGUUUUACCAAAGGAUACAUCAGAUGGAGCAUUCGUCGACGACUGGAAGAAGACAUAUCUGCCCAUCCAAAAGGACCUCGAGGAGAUUGAUAUUACUCCAGCACUAUCCGCUGCUGCCUUGUCCGUCAAGGAUAAGGAAGAGUUGGUAAGUAAUUUCGAUUUUCUGCGAAACUGGGCUAAUAAAACUCAAGCAAACAAUCCGAACAUGCUCCAAAGCAUUGGUCGCCUUAAUGAACCCAUACUUCGUCGAUGAAAUGUCAGGAGUAUUGGAUAGCGAGAAGAAGGUGAAGCACACUGCACUAGCGAACAAAAUCGAUAGCAAAUUGGAUGAUACAAAAUGGUGGAAAAUGGUCGAGCUACCAAAUAAAUCCAAAUUGCCCAACGAUUUCGAUGCUGCAAAUCUGGAUUGGACCCACGGCCCAACUGUGCAGAGUGGAGGAAAUUUUGAUUUGAAGAUGAGCGCACAAACAAAUGACGAAGUUCUUCACGCUGGAGUUAUUCUCUCUUCUAUGGGUCUUCGAUACAAAACUUACUGUUCUACGAUCGGACGAACGUAUUUGGUUGAUCCGAAUAAGUCGCAAGAGAGCGCAUAUAAGCUUCUCUUGCAGGUCCAUAGUACAGUCAUCAACAUGGCUCGAGAUGGCGUGAACGUGAAGGAUAUUUAUGCCAAGGCAGUUGCUCAUGUUAAGGCAAAGAAGCCCGAACUUGAGAAGCAUUUUGUCAAGAAUGUUGGUGCAGGUAUUGGUAUCGAAGCCCGAGACCCAACACUAGUUCUGAACGCGAAGAGUGGCCGGGUUUUGAGAGACGGCAUGACUUUGAGUAUUACUACAGGUUUCAACGAUAUCGAAAAUCCUAAUCCACAAGACAAGAAGAGCAAGAUUUACUCUUUGGGACUCUCAGAUACGAUUCGGGUUGGUAUGAAUGACCCCGUGGUCUUUACUGGAGAAGCCCCGUCAGAUCUGGAAGGAAUUUCAUUUUUCUUCAAGGACGACGAGGAGCCGGAGCCUACACCCAGGAAGACGAAGAAAGACGCCGCAGUCGGUGCUGUUGCCGCCAAGAAUAUCACGAAAACCAAACUUCGUGCUGAGCGAACAACCCAAGCAGAUGAGGGUGCCGAGGCCAGACGUCGUGAACAUCAGAAAGAGCUUGCAAAGAAGAAGCAAGAGGAAGGUCUAUUGCGUUUUGCUGAAUCUUCCGGCAAUCUGAACGGAUCUGCUGUGAAGAAAUUCAAGCGAUUUGAGUCGUACAAGCGUGAUAAUCAGUUCCCUAAGAAGGUAACUGAUUUGGCAAUUGUUAUGGAUACCAAGGCAGCUUCGAUCGUUCUUCCUGUCAUGGGCCGUCCUGUUCCUUUUCACAUCCAAACUAUCAAAAAUGCCAGUAAGAGUGAUGAAGGCGACUUUUCUUUCCUUCGAAUCAACUUUCUAUCGCCUGGUCAGGGUGUUGGUAGAAAAGAUGAUCAACCCUUUGAAGAUGCUUCUGCGCAUUUUAUCAGAAGCUUGACGUUCCGAUCUCAUGAUGGUGAUCGAUUCCAGGAAAUCGCAAACCAGAUCAGUAACAUGAAGAAGGAAGCCUUGAAAAGAGAGAACGAGAAGAAGGAAUUAGAGGACGUGGUUGAGCAGGAUAAGUUGACUGAGAUUCGAAGUAAGUCGGUCUCUAUUGUGGUAAACCUUGCAAGGUCAAAUUUUAUACUGACACAUUACAGACCGAAGACCUACUGUUAUGGACAAUGUCUUUGUCCGUCCAGCAAUGGAUGGUAAGCGUGUUCCUGGAAAGGUUGAAAUUCACCAGAACGGUCUACGAUAUCAAUCACCAAUCACCAAUCAGCGAGUUGAUGUUUUAUUCAGCAACGUUAAGCAUCUUUUCUUCCAACCUUGUGACCACGAACUUUUCGUCAUCAUCCACGUCCAUCUCAAGGAUCCUAUCAUGAUCGGCAAGAAGAAGACCAAGGAUGUUCAGUUCUAUCGCGAAGCCUCUGAUAUUGCGUUUGAUGAAACAGGAAACCGAAAGCGUAAGUACAGAUAUGGUGACGAGGAAGAAUUCGAGGCAGAACAGGAAGAAAGAAGACGCCGAGCAGACCUCGAUAGACAGUUCAAGGCAUUUGCCGAGAAGAUUGCUGAGGCUGGAAAGAACGAAAACAUUGAUGUUGAUGUUCCUUUCCGUGAGCUUGGCUUCAAUGGUGUACCCAAUCGAUCCAAUGUUUACUGUCAACCUUCGGCGGACUGUUUGGUUCAACUUACUGAGCCUCCCUUUAUGGUCAUCACACUCGAGGAUAUCGAAGUGGCCCAUUUGGAACGUGUUCAGUUUGGUCUCAAAAACUUUGAUAUGGUAUUUAUUUUCAAGGAUUUCACUCGGACACCCGCUCACAUCAACACCAUUCCCGUGGAGUCACUAGAGAACGUCAAAGAGUGGUUGGAUUCCGUAAACAUCCCAUUCACAGACGGACCUCUCAACUUGAACUGGCCUACCAUCAUGAAGACUGUCACCGCGGAUCCACAUGCCUUCUUCGAAGACGGUGGAUGGGGAUUCCUGUCCAACGAUACGGAUGAGGAUGAUGGCGAAGAGGAGUCUGAGGAAUCCGCUUUCGAGAUCUCAGAUAGUGAGCUUGCGGCAUCGGAUGAAUCGAGCGAUGACGAGAGCGACUUUGAUAGCAAUGCUAGUGAUGACGAAGGAAGCGCGGGUAGUGAUGAUGGUGACUCUGAGGGCGAAGACUGGGAUGAGUUGGAGAAGAAGGCGAAGCGAAAGGAUGCGGAGGGUGGAUUGGAUGAUGAGGACUCGCCUAAGAAGAAGAAGAGAAAGCAUUGAACGCACUUCUAAGUUCCCUCUUCUUCGGGAGGAUUCUCUGCAUGGAUGGCUAUCUCAAACCCAUUUGUUUGUUUGUAUUAUCAGUUUGGUGGCAUGGAAGGAUGAAGAAGCUUAUUUGCUUCUUCUUGAGGUAACCGGGAGGAAAGACGGAUGAGAGAGGGAAAGCAGAGAAACACAAAAAAGGACCAAAAUUGAUUCCCCCGCCCCCGCGUUCGUUUCCUUUGCUUGUUUCCGUUGUGCGAUAUGGAGCUGGGAGGCGUUUUUCUUUUCUUUUGCGACUUCUUUCUUCUUGUAUUUCUUAUUUGGGGAAAACGUGGGUUUGUGGGGGGAGCGGAUGGAGCAGAGAUUUAGUUGCUUGAGCACAAAAAUGGUUUGAGCGUUACUUUUACUGGUACAUGGGGAGAUGGAGAUGGGGAUGGGGAUGUUGAUGGGGAUGGGGAUUGAUA